AUGAAGGUGGUUGUGACACUCGCAUGCGUGCUGGGGCUGGCCCUGUUUGUGGUGUGCUCGGCCACAUUUACGCCCGCCACUGGGGGUCCCAGUGAUGCCGAGCAGACCACCGAGGUCAUGCGCAACGCCCUGCGGGGCCGUCGCUGGAUCGAGUUCAAGGAGGGCGAGCGUGCGUGGCUCACCGAGAAGCAGAUUCAGCAGCUCAUCAACGCGAAGGCGCACUUCAUGGACGUAACCGACCACCCCGGCCUCCGUCCCAUCGACGGCCUCACCUCCUCCACCCUGCCCGACGUUCUCAUCCCGCGCCACCCGGAGAGUAUCGACAAGCUGCUCAAGGAACUGUCGGCCGAGCAGAUCGGCCAGACCAUCACCGACCUGUCGCAGCUCUACACCCGCUUCUACACUUCCACCACCGGUGUUGAGGGCGCGAAGCUGCUGCACAGCAAGUACAGCGAGUUCGCCCGCAACCAGUCCCACAUCUCCGUGCGCUUCUUCGAGCACACCUGGCCUCAGCCCUCGGUCAUCGCCCGCAUCGAAGGCACCGGCGAGAACGCUCACGAACUGGUGAUCCUGGGCGGUCACGAGGACUCAGUGGGCUUUUCCACGACCGGCCGCUCGCCUGGCGCUGAUGACGAUGCGUCGGGCUCGUCGUCGGUGCUCGAGGUGUUCCGCGUGCUGGCCAGCAACGGGUUCAGGGGAAGCCGGUCCAUCGAGUUCCACGCCUACGCCGCUGAAGAGGUAGGACUGCUGGGCUCGCAGGCCAUCGCCAGCACCUACCAGAAGGAGGGCAAGGUCGUGGCCGGCAUGAUGCAGCUCGACAUGGUCGGCUAUGUGAACAACAAUGACCCCGUCUUCGGUAUCGUGACGGACUACGUCAACGAGUCCCUGACGCAGUUUGUGCGCGAGCUGGCCCAGGAGUACACCCACCUCCCCGUCAAGAACACCAAGUGCGGCUAUGGCUGCAGUGAUCACGCGAGCUGGACCAAGGCGGGCUAUCCGUCGGCGUUCCCCUUCGAGACUGACUUCUCCAACAUCAACCCCAACAUCCACUCACCGCAGGACACCCUCGACAAGAUCUCCACCGAACACGCGCGCGAGUUCGCCAAGGUCGCCCUGGCCUUCCUCGUCGAGCUCUCCACCCAGUGA